AUGUCAACAAUUUCAUCAUUAGAAGCAUCAUCAAGAGUUUUUCCCAAGAUGUCAUCAACUGUUUCAAUUCGACAGCAUUCAUUUUUAUCGCAAUUUAUGAUGAGCAUGGCCAUACUUAUUCUGCUCAUUGGCUUUUGCCCAUAUGCCUCAGCUUCACCAGCAUCCAUUGAUCAUAAUAAUAAAAUCAAUUAUGAAUCAAAUGGACCUAUGCUUGAUUCAAAUGAUUACCAAGGAGGAUCAACAACAGGUGAAUUAUCAUUAUUAUCACCAACCGUCCAACGUUCACAUUCCCAAUUCUCACCACUACGUUACACACAACCACGCACAUAUGCCAAUCAAUUUUUAAUGUCUCAUGUCAAUGAUAAUCAAGUAAAUGUACCAAAAUGGUUUACAAUAUUUAAUGAUGAUGAUCGAACAAAUGAUAUUAAUAAUGAUGAUGAUGAUGAUUUAGAUCAUUAUAUACCAUCGGUUAUGUUAUUUAAUAAACGAACAAAAUUUAAUCAUAAAGGAAGACCUUCAAAAGUACACAAACGUAAACAAUUUGCAAAACCACCUAUGGAAGUCAUGAAUGAAAUCGUCAAUUCAAUUUAUCUUAAACGUUAA